AUGCAGCUCUCCUACGACGGCGAUGACGAAAACCAUUUAGAUCUUCAGAAAAAAAUCAAACGGAUGAUACCAACGCAAAUUCAAGAUAUUGUGAGUCAUUUUUCCACUCAACUAAUGUUGUUUCACGUCUAGUGGAGGGAGUACCAGUAAAAUCGAUAAAUUGUUGACGCGUAGAAGUGAAUAUAAAUUUCAGAUAGCCACAGCAAUUCUGCUCAUCUUCUUUCCACUUGGAAUUCUCCUGCACUUUUUCUAUGUCCUCCCGACAUGGUUUCCAGCAUUCGAAGAAGCAUGGAUUCUGCGGGUCGUACCCAUCACAUUUCUGGUAUUCAAUCUGUACUCAAACUGGGUUAUGAUGUUGAAAGUCGGGCCAAGCGGCAAAAGUGCAAUUCUUCCAAAUAUCGUCAAGCCGGGGUACAGAUUCUGCCACUCGUGUCGUGUAAAUUCCCCUCCAAGAGCGUAUCAUUGUCCGGGUAUGUUUCUAUUUUUUCAUUAAGAGAAAUUGCAACUAAAUUGUUCAGUGUGCGACAUCUGCGUUCUUCGCCGUGAUCAUCAUUGCUCAUUCGGAGGUGUUUGUGUCGGCCAUUUUAACCAGAGGUAUCUUUGAACCAAAACAUCUGACUUACCUUUCUCUUUUUACUUUCAGAUAUUUUGUGGCAGCCGUGAUCAACCUCCUCUGUUUGACAAUUCCCCUUGUCUCGUACGCAUGGAGCCUGCUGAACAUCAAGUUUGAAAACGGUGUUUCUUUUGGAAACAUUUGGCAAGUGAUGCUUCCUCAUCUUGCCUGGGUCUUUGGAUUCAUCACCAUCUACCAAUUUCUUCAUGUCCUCCUCUUCGUUUUGACCUUCACAGUGGCAUUUUUCGGCUUUUAUCUAGCUGCCGCUCAGGCUUUCUGUAUCUACAAAGGACAAACCAGACCAGAGUACUUGAUGGUGAGUAUUCAACAUGUUCGGUUUUUUUAUUAUCUGAUAAUUUUUCAGGACGUACACGCUUUCCAACUUGGAUUUAUCGAAAAUCUCAAGCAGUCACUGGGUACACGUUGGGCUUUCAUCGCAAUAUCCUGCUUUAUCCCGAGCCCCCUUCCUUCAGACGGGCAAAGUUUUGUCACUCGAGAAAUGUACAAUAUUCACACAAAAGACUUGUAA